AUGUCCCUUCGACAAUUAUCACAAAAUAGUAGUAUUUCUAAGAAUGUCACAACUAAAGUAGAUAAUGAAAAAAAUAGUUUACUUAAUAGCAAUAAUACUAAAAGUACAUUAACAUCAAUUACUCAUACUCAAGAAACCGAAAUUUAUAAUGAUCCUGUACUUCAAAAUAAUAAAGGAAUACCUUUUACAAAAGAAGAUCAGAAACGUUUUUUAAAAGAAUCAAAUAAAAAAAAAGUGUUUACAAUAGCUUAUCUUGGAAAAUGUAUAAUAUUUUAUUGUACAUUAUAUUCAAUUUAUGCUUUACUAGGAAUAUCAAUUAUGUAUAUAUUUAUGCUAGGAAGUUGGAAUUCUGAUGUACCUACCUUAACAGGUAAAGGUUCUUUUAUUGGUGUUCCAGGAAUAAAUAUGAUACCAAAACUUGAAGGAAAGCGUGAAAAUCCAACGAUAAAAUAUAACAUAACGGAUAACACUUCAUAUAUAAAAUAUACAAGUUUUAUUAUGCAAUUUUUUGCUAAAAUUCAUAAUGCAUCACAAUUUGUUAAUGAAAGACAACAUAAUAAGGAUCAAAAAUUAGAUUCAAAUUAUGAAUCUAAGGAUGUUUUUAAAAAUAGAAACAAGCGAGAAGAAGAUGAUGACGAAAUUAGUGAUGAAUUAAAUACAAAUUUUAGUAUAAAUAAUGAUAACAAAAGUUUUAAUAAUCAAAGUAUGAUAAACGACAAAAAAAUUUUAAAUAUUGAAAAUGAAAAAAAUACUUCAACAGUAAUUGCUAAAGAGGAGAAAAAUAAUGUAAAAGUUAAUGUUAAUCAAAUUGAUAAUAUAGAUAAAGAAAUCAGUGAUGAGACAAAUGAAUUGACUGAAACAUUAUUUAAUGAAAAGCAUAUUAAUUUAACAAAUGAAGAUAGUUUAAAUAAUAAUUUAAUUAAUAAUAAGACAGUAGAAAAAUCUAAUACAACUACAAAUUUAACCUCUACUGUACCUGAAAAAAAUAACAAAACUGAUAUACAUUUAAUACCAACAGAAAAUUUAAAAAAUGAUAGUGAACAUAAUGAAACAAAAGUUUAUAUUGAAGAAACAUUACAUGAUAAAAAAGAUAAUUCAUUUAACUGUUCACAUGAAAAUGAUUAUGGCUAUGCUGUUGGGGAGCCCUGUAUAAUAAUAUAUCUUAAUAAUGUCCUUAUGUGGAAGAAACCUGUAUUUAAUAUAUCAAACAUUCCAUCAAAUUAUCAACAAAACGUUCAUAAUUUUAUAAAUGAAACAUCACUCGAAUACAUAAUACCAGUAAGCUGUCAAUUAAAGGGAAAAGAGAAAGAAAGUCAAAAAUAUUUUUCAUAUUUAUUCCCUGGUAUAAUUGACCAAAAUGGAUAUUAUCCUGUUACCAAAAAUUCUAAUAUUUUAAAAAAACCUUAUAUGAUGUUACAGUUAAAAAAUAUUCCAAAAAAUGAAAACAUACAGAUUACCUGUCGUUAUUAUGUUAAUGAAGAAAUUUCAAUAUUUGAAGAAGAAGCAAUGACUUUAAAAUUUAACGUUAAUAUAUCACAAUAA